AUGUAUACACAAAAUGAGGAACAAUGGAAGGAAACAGAUGAUUUGGGCUGUAGCGAAUAUCGGCGACGUGUGACGCAUGAAGAUAUUUGCAAUUGCGACACUUCAUUACGAUCAUCAACGUCGCAAGAUUGGCGAAAAUCAACAGAUUAUUGCGCUGGAUACAACGAUUAUGCUACCAUACAUCCGUCAAAUCUUUGGUUUCAAAACGAUCUCAGAGGACGCAGUAGACAACGAUAUUGUCAAAAUUCAAAUAAUUGUUGCAAUUUCUGCGAUUGCUAUUGUCGCAAUCAACAACGCUGUCGUAAAAGUCGCAGUGAAGCAAUUCAUAAUCGUCGCAAACGUUGGAAUGCUUCUGAUUCAAUGCAUCAACAUUCAGGUCAAUUUAUGAAAAGCUCAGAAAAUCUUCGAACAAUUCCCAUUAUUCCAAUGCGAUAUACUCCAACAUUAUCCACAAAAAAAUCAUCAAAUUUUCAAGCAAAUAAUACGAUCAAUCUCGACGAUAAUUCAAUACCAAUAACGAUGACAACAACGAUGACAACAACGACGACAACAACGACGACAACAACGAUGACAACAACGACGACAACAAUGACGACAACAACAACAACAACACCUUAUUAUGGGCCAUUUUUGGCUCGUAAAAUAAGAAUUACACCAGCAUUAAUUGAAAAAACACGAUCAUUUCAUGAAUGCUAUUCAUCGGAACGAAAAUAUUUCAAUGAAAUUAAAACAAAUGAUCAAUGUGAUAAUGUUAUCAAACAUUUAUCAGAUGUGACAACAACAAACAACAAAUCAGCGAUAUCUGAUGCAUCUCCGAAUAUUAUCACCAAACAUAUAUGCAGUGAAUUUGAUGAAAUACCAUUAUAUGCAACAAAAAAUUCUAACAUUAACAAUGAAAUGAAUUCAUUAUCAGCAACAAAUUUAUCACCAUUGAUAAGCAUUGAUAAAUUUGAGCAAAUAACAGGAAGAAAUACAAUUAUGGAUGAAAAUAAUUAUGCAAAUGGACGUGAAGCAUUAAUGGAAGGAUUGGCAUUGCUAAAAUAUCGAAUGAAAGAACACGAAAAACGAUUAACAUUAUCGCAUCAAAAUAAUGAAAUGAAAUUAUAUUCAAAAAAAAAUUCCGAAAUUCGAGAAUAUUUGCAUGAAAAAAUGCAACAAUUUGCAAUAAAAAAAAUUGCAAAUUAUUGGUAUAAAAAAACAUUUAAAAAAAAUGAACAAAUGGAAAAAUUUUCACAAAAAUUACAUCCAUUAGUGAGCAUUGAUAAGCAAAAAAUUCACACUGAUAUAAUGAAAAUAAAAUCAAAAAAUGUUGAAAAUACCACAUCUAAUGCUAUUAUUGAUAAUUCUACUACUGAUAAUGAUAAUAAUGAUGAUAGUAAUCAAUCAGAAUUUAUCACGGAAAUACGUCAAGUACGCGAGAAAUUACGAAAAAUAUCUGAUAAUUCUACACUGAUUGUUGAUAAUAAAAAUGGAACAAAGAAUGAUAUAACAUCAAUUAAUGAAGAGAGUAAAAUUGGCGCAAAAGAAUUAUCACCAAAUUCGCAUGAAAUUUUCAGUUCAACUUAUUCAGCACAACAAUCAAUUGCUGAUAAUCGUAGUGGAAUUGAUAAAAAUUUUAAACUAUCUAAACUUGCACCAACUUUUCAUAUUACUGGUAAAACAGAAAGUAAACCACAUAAUACAGCAUUACCAACUGCGCCAACUGCUACCGCAAUUAUUACUUCAACUUUUGAUGAUGAUGAUUCAUCGAAAUGUAAAUUAUCAUCGAUGUACAAUGGACGAAAAUAUGAAACAAUCACUGCUGAAGUGUACAUUCGAAAUCCGAUGAAUUUGAAACCAACAAUAAUUAAUAUUUCAACAAGCGAUGAAAAAAUGAAGAAACCAUAUUGGAUGGUAUUAAAUACAUAUGAGUCACCGCCUGAAAUGAAACAGAAAUUAUCUGAACGAAAUAAUGCAAAAAUUUCAAUUUCAUUUGAUUCUAAAUUAGAAUCAAAAAGUGAUCAUAUAAUUAAAACUGAAAUUGAUACAACAAUUCAAUCACAAAUUGUCACUAAAUCAAAAAUCUCAGAUAUCAAGGAUGCUUUAUCGAAUGAUUUUCAAACUUUAGUAACAAUGAAAACGGAUGAAAUUUGCAAAACUCACCAUACCAUAGCAUUUGAACCACUGAUAACAACUGAUAAUGAACCAAUGGAAAUUUGUCGACGUGGUUUUUCAAUAUUUUUCAUCUUUCAUUACAAUAACAAACCGCAGAUUUUGCAUAAUCUUUCAAUUCUUUUUAAAAAUGAAUUGGCAAAUUAUAAAACAACAAUUUCGGCAGUAAAAAAUAAUUAUUCAACUGAUCAAUCAAUAAAAAAUUGGCAUGUAACAUAUAAAAUUUUAACAAUAGAUGAUGCAUUAUUUGAAAUUAUAAUUCCAUCUAAUAUUCCGAUUGGUCUUUGGCAAAUGAUUAUGCAAAAUAAUGAAAGAUCAAAUUUAUACACUAUGAAUUUAUGCAUUCUGUUUAACCCAUGGCAUAAAGAUGACGAAACAUAUUAUCCAAAUGAAAUAGAAUUAAAUGAAUAUGUACUGAAUGAAUUAGCUGUGAUGCGCAAAUGGAAUCAAAGGGAUGCAUGGCUUUUAGGGCAAUUUAGCGCCAUUUGCAUAAAUACAAUAUUGCAAUUGUUGGAAUUAUGCGUGAAAAAUAAUUUGUUAAAAAUGGAUGAACUUGGAUCAGCUUUUGCAAUUGCAAAAGCAAUUGCUAUAGCUAUUAGUAAAUUUAUAUUAGAAGUUAAAUGGAGUGAUUUUCAACAAAACGAUUGUAAAAAUGAAAUUAUACCGAGUGCAUGGAGUGGCAGUAAAGAAAUUAUGGCAUUGUAUAAGAGAUUUGGUGUUAAAAUAGGUUACGGACAGUCAUGGUGUUACGCUGGUCUUCUUACGUCAAUUUGCCGAUGUGUUGGAAUUCCAUGUCGUAUGGUAACGAUUUAUAAUUUUGCGCCACAAAUUGAUAAUGACGCAUUGAUAAAAUUAGAUAUUAUUGAUGAUUUGCUUGCUGAAAAAAGCAAAGAUACCAUAUGGCAUUAUCAUAUUUGGAAUGAAUUAUGGCUUCAAUCAAAAAUUCUGAGAAAUGAUUACAAUAAAAGUGAAUGGCAUAUUUGUGAUGCUACUCCAAUUAUAAAAGAGGAGGAUAGUUUAUUAAAUGAAAGGAAAGGAUUAUUUCCGGUACGACAAAUUAAAACGGAUAGUGAAAAAAUAGAACCGGAAAAUGAGAAUGAAUAUUACGGAAAGCAACUUUAUAAAAUGCUAAAUGCUACUAUUAUUUGCAAUUAUUACUAUCGUGAUCCAAUAACAUAUAAUCCAAUUUUUGCAUAUUCUAAAAAACAUGGAAAGAAGAUAUCAAAUAAACUUAUCAUAGCAACGAUAACCAGUGAUACUGAUGUGACAAUGAAUUACAAAGGAUCAUUGGAAGAUAGUAAUUGUCACCAAACUGAGUACUUAUCGUUGUUAAAUGAUGAAGGAAUUGGCAGUAUUGAAUUAAAUUUAAGCAAUUUUCAAAAUAUCAGUAUUGAUAAGCCAAUUAAUGGAUCAUUAACAGUCAUAAACAAAUCACAAAUUGAACAAACAGUUAAUGCACAAAUCCAGGUUGACUUAACAAGUUAUACAGGAUUGGUUAUCACACAUGUUUAUCUCUACGAGAAAAUGCUUAUCAUCCGAUCAAAGCAAUGCCAAAAGAUAGAAUUUAGUAUUCCAUCUGAAUACUUUUGUAAUAUGUUUAUGGAAGAUUGGAAUAUUUCUAUAAUAGCAUUUGCAAAAGUUUUACAUAACAAUGAACGAUUUUAUGCUCAACAAAUACUUACACUUCUCAAACCUAUAUUAUCAAUCAAAAAACUUUUACAAAAAGAUUUGAUAUCAACGAGUACUGAUAAAGAAGAGUUUCAAAUUUCGUUAGCAAAUUCAUUAAAUAUUUUAUUAACAAAUUGUGAAAUUAGAAUUGAUGGUACCGGAUUGACAUUUAAUGAUUCACCAAUAUUAUGUGGAUCUAUUGAAGCUUACAAUACUUUAACGAUUACAACAAGCGCAAUAAGAAAGACAAAUUUAAAUGAAAGGAAAAUUGUUGCUGUAUUUAAUUGUGAUCAAUUAAAAAAUGUUCGCACUUAUCUUAUUAGUAAUUAA